AUGACAUCUACUGUCAUCUAUGAUGCCGCAGAAUUACCAGACUGUGAACCAUCGGUAUUCAACGAUAUUCAGGCAACAAUUCGACUGUUUGGAGGAAUGCCGAUUGCAAUAUUUGGUUUCAUCACAAACGUCAUCAAUGUAAUUGUAUUUUGCGAUCCGGAAAUGCGAUGUUCUCUUGUCAAUCACUUUUUGCUGGUUCUCUCAAUAUCCGACCUAGUUCUUCUGGUUUGCAAUUUCUUUAUGCUCAUAUUUCCAGUUAUUGCAUCGAUGAGCAAUAACUAUUUACUACACGACUAUUAUCCUGUGUUUCUGUGGUUUGCGUAUCCAGUUGGAUUGAGCACACAAACCUGUGGAGUCUAUCUGACGGUUCUAGUGUCGGUCCACAGAUAUUUGGGUGUUUGUCAUCCGUUCAGAGCCAAAAGAUGGGUUUCUGGAAAACCAGUUAAAUGGGCCAUCAUUGGAUCCAUUGUGUUUAGUAUUGUUAUCAACCUUCAUACUUGGUUGGAGUUGGAUAUCCGUACCUGCUAUUCGAGUAGUUUCAACAGUCCAUUGAGGUCCAUCUUCCUGACUCCAUUGAGAAUGAACUCUAAAUAUACGCUGAUAACAAAAUGUAUAAUGUAUACAUUGAUCAUGUUCAUCAUUCCAUUCAUUACUUUGAUCAUUGUUAAUUGUCGGAUUGUGGUCGCAUUGAAAGAAUCCACCAGAAUGAGGAAUGGUACAUCGAUGAAAAAGAGCACUCAAUCAAGAAUCAUGAACAACUUCCGAAUGCUGAAGGGAGCCAAAUACAGUGAGCUAUUUGGAAGGUUUGGAAGGUUGAACUUCAAUCCACUCAAAACUCCAUCGCUAUUAAAAACAAACGGGAACUCUCUUCGAGAUCGUUCCGUAACUCUGAUGCUUCUGGCGAUUGUUGCUAUUUUUCUAUGUUGUAAUUGUCUUGCAUUCUGCAAUAACAUCUACGACAACGUGCACGUUGUCAAAAAACAUGCGCAGGAGUCCGAUGCUUUCAAUCAAACUUCAUUCUUACCCGAGAUCGAAGAGCAAUCACAAGAUUACGAUGAAGAUUGGAGCAUUUUUGAUGAAUGGACAUUCGAUUUCUCUGUGGAGAUCUCGAAUCUUCUCAUCAGUUUGAACUCUUCCAGUUCUAUGUUUGUAUACUUAAUCUUCUCGUCAAAGUACAGAUCCAUAAUAAAACACUGGUUGGGACUAGAAAAACGAAAAAGAACAAACGGAGUUGCUCUUACAACUGUCAUGGCAGCUCAGAAAGCAUUGGAGCUCUCUAUUCUUCCUGAUGAAGUUGAAGCACGACGGCAUCGAAAAGAAAAGAAUCGUUUUGUAAAGAACAGUAAACAGUUAACUAAAUCUACUCAAUUGUUCCUGACCACAUCGGAAACCGAUUUGCGGAAAGCAAAAUCAGUUCGAAAAGAAACAGAAGACGAUGAGAUUCAGGAGAUUCAAAGCGAUGAGCCAAGUGCUGCUAGUAACCUAUCAAGAGAUGAUCAAAAUCGUUCGAGCUCAAAACGGAAACUUCUUAGAUUUGCCACACUCGCCUAA